CUGUGGUAUCACUGAGGCAAUACUUUCCCCCAAAAGAUUAGUGUGUAUAUUUUUACCUUAGUGUGUGCAAUGUGUGUAUAUUAAUAUAGUUGUUGUUAUUGAAAUUAUUAUUAUUAUAACUAUUUUAUCAUCGUCAGCGUGUAAAUAAACUUUAUUUUCACAUAUAAUCUGGAUCAAAAACAACAGCAAAAAGAUCGACGCCAACCAAACGACAGCGCCAUAUAAGGCUGUAAGAGAGCAGCAAAAACACGAAGACGACAAAACAGUGUGUAUAUGUAUAAAAAGUCAUGAACAAUUUAGCAAAGUGAUGGCGAUUGAAACGCUUUAAAACGCUUAGUCGCUUAAUGCAUUGAUGGUGGUCGCUGUCGUUGUUUUCGUUGUCGCCAUCAUCAUCGUCGUCGUAUACAGUCUUUUAUUUGCUCUCUGUUGGUCCAAAUCGAAAAUUUUAAUCAAUCAUGAACAACUUUUUUUAGUGUUAAUUUUUUAAUCAAAAUUACCAGAUAGCUUUUAAAAUGACGCGUGUUACGUGAUACUCUUAUCAAUUGAUGUGUGAUUUUGCAGUGGAUUUAUUUCGGAUAUAUUAUGUAUUUAUAUCGGAUUCAAUCGAAAAAUAAUUAAAGUUUAAUUGAAUUCAAGAGAUAUAUAUUGAAUAAUUUAAAAACGAAACAGAAACAAAUAAAAUAAAACCCAAACGAAAACGAGAAAAGCACGCUAAAACAACAAAAGUUUCGAGGGGCAAAAAAGACGAAUCCAAUCGAAGCAAACAGUCAAAAAAGCAGAUGAGAAUUUCCUUUGAAGCAGCAAGCACAAUUACAGCGUUUGAUGUCCCGUGUACGAGAUUAGAGAAGUGUGUGUGUCUGUGUUUAUGUGUGCAUGUUGGUAGUCACUCGAAUCUAAAUCAAAAUCAUCAUCGGAUGAAUUAAAGCGAAUGUGAAUAUUUUCCAUGGAAAAAAAGAAGAAAACAAAAAUCGAAUAAGAAGUAUACUUUAUACAUGUACCACAGAUAAACACGAAUACAAUCAACACGUGAUCAAACUAAUCCUGCCUAUUUGACGAACUGAUGAACUGCGAUUCGAGCUGAUUCGAUGACAGGACAUUUCUUUCAUAUAAAACGAACACCACAUUAAGUGCUAACACAAGUUAUUUUUGUUUUGCCGACGAAUACAAGAGUGAGAGCGACAGAGUGGGAGACCGAAGAAUCCAAGAAGAUUAAUUUUUGUUUCUGUUUUUGUUUUUGUUGUUGGUCGAAAUCUCGGUUCGGCAGCGAUAUUCUGUUACGGUCUGUUUUUUUACUAUUAUACACAGAUAAAUUCUGUGUGUGUUUGUGUGUGUGCGCUUUACCGAACGAUUUUUGGAAACCGGAAAAAUGUCAGAUUUAGAGCGAUUAAGAUUGGUUAUACUGGGAGGACCUGGUGUUGGAAAAUCGUGCAUUGUUAAGAGAUUUCUAUUUAAAAGCUACUCGGACAAAUAUCGUGCAACCAUCGAAGAUCUCUAUAAUCGUGAAUAUGAUUUUGGAAAUGUAACACUAAAGGUCGAUAUAUUGGAUACAUCCGGCGACCAGCAAUUUCCUGCGAUGCGACGCUUAUCAAUAGCAACGGCACAUGCAUUUAUGCUCGUGUAUGCAUCAACAUCUGCAUCAAGCUUUUUAAGCGUAAAAAAGUGUUUUGAAGAGAUUAGAGAACAAAGAGCCGAUUAUCAGGAAAUACCGAUUGUCGUUGCCGGUAAUAAAUUGGAUUUAGCAUCAACUCAUCGAGAAGUUCAAAUUGAAGAUGUUUCCGAGUGGGUUUUUUGUGAGCUACCAAAAUUAAGAGUCAAGGUGAUCGAAUGUUCUGCAAAGGAUGACAUCAAUGUUUUGGAAUGUUUUCGUACGAUUGUAUCGCUGUCACGGGUUUUGCAUAUUGAUGGUGGUGGUGAUGAUAGUACAUCUGGCUUAAAAAGACGUUCCUCGGCAUAUGUUAGCGCAACAAGCAAAGCAAGAGGCCGUUUAAGUCAUUCAGCUGUCGGCGAUAAAUCACAGGUACAAGAUACAGGAAGUGGAUCAGGCGAUGCUGCACCAAUAGUAACAGAAAAUAGAAUUAAACCAAGAUCAAGAUCAUUGAUACGACGAUCGUCUCGGAAGGCCAAAGCACAAAUUCGCAACACAUCCGAAGAUUGUCAAAUUCAGUAAAUAUCAACAUAUAAGUCUGAAGGAGGAAGCUUAUCAUUCAACUUUAAACAAACUUAUAUACCCCAAAACACACACUCAAAAUAUCAAAUAUUAUUGAACAAAAACAAAAUACAACAGCAAACAUGUGUCCAAUUUACCCUACAGAAGCUUACUAAAAGUCCUGAAAAUGUUCCAUAAAAUAAUGAAUUUUGUGAUUUUACAACAUUAAUGAAAUCAAAACUCCGUCAGAGGGUUUCACUAAACAACAAGAAAAAAAAAUGAACAAAAAAAAUUUAUCUAAAAUUAAAAAAAAAAAACGUUACACAUUUUUUAUAGCCGCUCAGGCUAAUUUUUUCGAGAACUGUUAUAUCAUAUGUAGAAUUUGAAAAUGAAAAACGUCCGUCAUAAUCAUAAAAAUUAUUACAUUUAACAAAACAAAAAAGAGAACAAAUUGAUAGUACGAGUUUUAAACAAAGAAAAAAGAAUUUUCAAGUAUUAUUAUUACCCGAUAUCAUCGUUAUUCUAUUUAGAAAAGAUAUACAAAGCAAUGCGAUUAUUUGCUCAAUUUCCUAAUCGAAAAUCAAGUAAAACAGCAUAUGAAUGAGUUAUAUCAUGCGUACGCGAUGUGUUUGUGUGUGCGUUUGUGUGUACGUUUUGUGCAUUUAGCAAAGGCAUUAUUGGUUUCUAAGAUGAUGUCAUGUGGUUGGUGUGUCAUUGAACGUGCUGCGUCAACCAAUGACUCUUCAUAUAAUAUUUUGCACAUAUUUCAUACAAUAUACAAUAAUUGCGUCUCUGAAUGUUCGUAACCAAAUCGAUGAAUCAAAUUUCUAGCACGCUAUUUAUUCGAAUUAUUAGCAAUUUAUCGAUGGCAUUCGUAAUAAUAAAAGACAAGAACACCAAAACAACAAUCCAAUAUUGUUGAUCGCCUCAUACUCACAUAGACACAUACAUAUACACAAAGGAAUGUAUGUCUCUUCAUAUCAAUUUCGUUAUUUGUUUUCUAAUAUUCAAUUCGUCUAUCGGAUUAAUUCCAAAAUACAUGGCCCGUAAAUAAUCAAACGAAUCAUUUUAUGAAAAUCAUUUGUAAAUUGUGCAAUUAAUCGCAUUCAAGCAUGUUAUUCAUUUUAUCGGUUUUAAUGAAUGAUAACAACAACAAAACACCAUUAAAAUCAACAACUAGACAAAAAAAAGUCAACAAAGUUUCGGAAAAUACAUUUAUUAAUUUGUAAAAAAAAAAUAUAGGAGAGAGUGCGGUAAAACCGCCGCUAAAAACUUGGACAUCAAACUCCAGUGAUCGAAAUUGUCACGUAUUGUUAGUAGUCUUGCCAUUGAAUAUAGCUUCAAAUUUGAACAUUUAUUUCAUUAUAUUUCCAGUUUUUUAAAGUUAUUUUUCAUGGUUUUUCACCAAAGUCAAUGAAAAAGUGAAAAAAAUGAUAGAACUACUACUUUUCUCGUUUUUAAAUAAAUAGUAAACAUUUUGAGAAAGUAAAGUUCAAAUUUUGCGCCAUAUAUAAGAAAGAUCCACGUUUAGUUAGAUGGUCAAUCGAAUGGUGUUUCGGUUGAAUGGCGGAACAUUUCGCGAAAAUACUUCGUUCAUUUGGCGAAAAAAUACAUUCGUGAAAUGUUCUGGCACUCGUUUUGGUUGGCUUCCAUAAAAAAAGUUAUAUUAGAGAUGUUUCCACUAUGGCUGAAUUUUCCCCCAUACUCCUCGUUGCUAUCACAUAUUGGGCAGCAGUGAAAAUAAUUUUCUCCAUGAUUGCAUUUCAUCCGUCUACCCAUGUUUGGCAUCCGUUUUUACAAAGCACCUAUCAUAUUGCAAAUAUUUAUAUACAGCACACAGGCUAGAAAACAAAAAUGCAGAAAAUUAUGUAAUGAAGUACGAAAUCAAAUAUUUUUCCUGUUCUGACCAUUGAUUGCAAUGCAAACUAGAGCACGAACACAAGCGGAGAGAUUUCGAGAGGAAACUAUGUCCAAUUAUAAUGUGAAAUACCAAGGGGAUAGCCACGAAUUGUGUGAUUUGAUUUAAUGAGCUGGACAAAUACGGAUGACGUACAAUAAUUAGAAUUGAUAGGAAAACGGGGCGAAACAGGUCAUUCUACUUGUUUGUGUUUUUUUAAAUAAAUAUAUAUACUCUUAAAAUUUCUUCGAAUUUGUAUUCUGAAUUCAAUGAACACGUCUGAGUAUGCAUUUUCUUUCAUACGGUGUGCGUGUGUGCGGAAAAGUAAUAAUUAAGCGUAGAUUGUUUGAUUUUACAUAAUUAAAGUUUAAGGCGAUACUAUUGUAUUUUUCUUCAUUCAAAAUUCAUCACUGUUUUUAAAACGAAAUUGCACCAUACAAAAUGAAGCAUCUUUUAAAAUAAUGCCCAGCAAAAUCGCCAUCGUAGCUAACCCCUUGGAUAAAACAUAAAUUCUAUCACCGUUUCCAAACGGUACAAUUAUAAUAUUUAUUAUUAAUUUUGAAAAAUUGUUACGGUAUGUUUAAAUCUAUGGAUUAAAACUAAGUUGUUUUUUCUUCCUCUUUUUUUUGUCAAAUUGUAAAGUGAACGGGACUAUGCAAGAAUGAAUUUGACUGAAUAUUCAAUGGAGAUGCAGCUGAUUAGCCGAAUAUUUGCAAACAUUUCAAUUUUGCGGCAUUUAUUAACUCAGCAAUGUAUGAAACAGAACACUUUCUAACAUACAAUGAUUUUUGGAUAGGAUAGAUUCGUAAGAUCUCCGCAAGAUCCGGAUACAAGCGUGCAUACGUAGUCGCAUGAUACAUACAUUAGUUAUUCCGCAUUGCUAUGGCAUGAUUAUAUAUGUAUUUAUUGGAUUAUUCGGAUCUUAAGGAGAUCUUACGAAUCUAUCCUAUCCAAAAAUCAUUGUAUGCUUUCUAACCUAUACAAAUAUUCGCAUUUGAAUUUAACUCAAUAAAUUUGUCCAAAUCGAAAUAUAUCAAAUAACCAGCGAUUGAAAAAGAUCUCUUGAAUAUUUAAUCAUUUACAUUCUGCGAGGGGUGCGAUGCACACGAAAAAAAAAAUAUGCACAGCAAAAGUGGAAGCGAAUAUAAAUGAAAAAUUGAUAAUGAAAAAUCCCCGAUAUUAAUGCGCACAUGCUUGCACCAAUAUACAUUCCAUAUAUGGAUUGGUAUUUUAUUGACCAAAUAUGAUAGACUCAAUUUUGAAAAUGUUUCUCCUCAUCGUGGAAUCGGUCACAGCUAUGACAAAGUAAACAAUUGAAAUGGCAUGAAUUUCAUUUAUCAUCAAACGAACGAAAUUGGUGCGAUUUUCUGUAGCACAUUUUCGGUUUCAGUUUAAUUCAUUGCAUAAUCGAUAUUGUAUAUGGAUAUAAAUGGAUACGUAAAACAUAAUCUCAUGAAGAGAUUUUUCCAUUGAAACAAAAAAAAAACAACAACAAAAUAUCCAUCUCGCCCGAAAAAUCUCCGCCAAGAGAAUGAGCUCAUCAUCCGAACCAUCUUUAUGGGGUAUCAAAUGUAUAUAUAUAUCGCAAACGAAACUUCAACCUUUUUACCAAUUGAUGAUAUUGAUGAUAUUGAUGAUAUUGCUGGGUGAUUGUGCCAUAACUCACACACUAAAACAGGCGUGUGCGGUAGUAAUCAAUUCGACAUUUCAACAAUUCUUUGGUUAGUUAUUGCUCGAUAUAUGCUUGUUUGUGUUUGUGUGUGUGUAUUUGGAUAGGAACGAGAAGACACACACAAGUGAGAGAGAAAACAAAAUUCAUAGUGUAAAUGGAUAUUGCUUUAAUUCGCCGAAUGGAUAUUGUGAUCGAUUACCAAAGUGCAUUUUUGGAACGCAGACCGUCUGAAUUCUUUCAAAAAAAAAUUUGCCUGAUGAGAGAUCUAUGAGAACAUAACAGCUAGCCAUAAAUGCCACAACACUCUUAUAGACACUUGUAUGAUAUUGAAAUUUCAUCAAUUUUAGUUAAUUCAAUGGCCAAAGCUACCAUUGUCAAUACAUUUAUGCUCGCUCCCUUGCUUUGUGCUCCCCACAUAAUCCGAAUUGAAAAUUAAAUUAAAAAUUAAAAAAAGUGUUUUUUUUUUUAUUUAGUAAAAAGUUGUGCGACCGUUUUGUCGUAGUAAGGAAACUAUGUUAACGUUUUAGAAAGUCAUCAAUUGAUUUCGAAAAUUAAUAAGCUCCUUUGAGAACAAUAUCGUUAUUAAAUUUUGACGGCGAUUAAAAUUUGCCGAGACUAUGUUAAGCCCGAACCAUUUUGAAAAUUACGAUGAACAUUCAGUACUAUUUAUUAUUA